AUUCUUUGCUUCUCUGUUACCCUUCCAUACCCAAACCCUGUUACCUUCCAUACCCCAACCCUGUUACCCUUCCAUACCCAAACCCUGUUACCUUCCAUACCCAAACCCUGUUACCAUUCCAUACCCGAACCCUGUUACCCUUCCAUACCCGAACCCUGUUACCCUUCCAUACCCAAACCCUGUUACCCUUCCAUACCCGAACCCUGUUACCCUUCCAUACCCGAACCCUGUUACCCUUCCAUACUCAAACCCUCUGCUUCUGUCUCUAGUAUCUGUAUCUACCUGUGGGCCCUGCUCCUCUGCCUGCCUGUGAACCAGGCGGUGCGCGGCUGUCCUAGCGUAGCGUAG